CUCUCUCUCUCUCUCUCUAAACAAUUCUCUCUCUCAUCCUAUACCCUCCACCUCUCCCCCAUAAUUUAAUUAAGCAUUAAAGCAAAUCCAUCUUCCUCUCCCUCCCCUUCACUUCCCUUUGUGUGGGUGUGUGUGUAUAUAUAUAUGGUGUUUUGAGGUCCAUACAUCACCUCUCCCCAAUGACCAUGUUUUUGUUCCCUCAUCUUUUUCUGGUUUUUGCCUAAUCCAACUUUCUCCCAACCCCAAAAACAAGUUAUCCAAUAUUCCAAUCCUCCUUCUCCCUUUCGCAAGCCCUCUCGACAAUUGUAAGGUACAAGCGAUAUUACUACUUUAAAUUUCGGCGCCAUGAGUAGGCGAAACGGAGGCGGUCCGAAGCUUGACCUAAAGCUGAACCUAUCACCUCCGAGGGCUAAUCACCAACUGGCAGAGUCACCACGAAGAUCAGCAACUGUUUCACCUACGUCACCGCCAAGCUCAUGCGUGUCGUCGGAGCUGAAUCAGGACGACAAUUUCAGCCCGGAGACCACUUCCAUGAUGCUAGUCGGAUGCCCUAGGUGCCUCAUGUAUGUGAUGCUCUCGGAGGACGACCCUAAAUGCCCUAAAUGCAAGAGCACUGUUUUGCUAGACUUUCUUCAUGACACCACCACCACCACCACUCCAACCUCAAAGACAAGGAGGAGCUAAAAAAAAGUGCUAAAAGAGCUAAGUGCUAGAGUAGUCUAUCCCUUUAUUUCCUUUUUUGGGCUUUUUUUUUUCAAAUUUAAUAGGACUUAAUGUUAGGCUCUUUCUAUUUCCAACCCUUUUUUCCCUUCUGGGGGCAGCGCUAUUGGCGCUCCAUUUUAACUACAUUUUUUGCUAUUUAAAAAUAGCGGAAAAUAUUUAACCUGGACAAGGCUCAAUUCAUCCUUAGGUAAUUGGGUUGAGCCUUGUUAAUCAGGUAUCUGAAAUGAGUGGAGCGCGAAUAUCAUUGCCUGUUUGGUUUUACCUUUUUUAUUUACCUUGCUAAUCUCAGAAAUUAGGUUAUGGAUGAUGGGCAAUUGGGCUUGCACCAUGGGAUUUGGUAGGUGGGGUGGAAGGUGUUUGUUUCUGCUUUUGUUAACCCUUUAGCAGAAAGACAAUGACAACGGUUUUAACUGUAACUGCCCAACAUUUUCAUAUGAGAAAAAAUGUCAGGUCAUA